AUGCAAAGAUUGCAUCCUGAGCAGCAAAACUCGUCGCUAGGCAUCAGCAAAGCACUGCAAGAGGAAGUGCGCAUGAUGGAGGACGCAGAAAAUAACAGCAGUGGUGGCCCCAUUGUAAAGAAAUCGUUGACUGACGCCAUGUUCAAAGUGCCCACCAAAGAGGCCAACUUCUUCACCUGGGUAAGGUUCUAUAUUUCGCUUUACUAUAACAAGUUGGCUGUCAAUUGCUUUGGAUGUCUCACAGGAUGGGAAUGGUACAAUAGAGUGGAUGAUUAUAUAAUACUCGGUGCACUACCAACUCCCUCGCAGAUCAAGAAAUUGCACAACCAAGAGAAAGUGGAUACCAUUGUCAACCUGUGCUUGGAGUUUCCUGGAUACGAGAAAUUGUAUAAAGAUAUGGAUAUUACACAAAUUCGAUUAGAAACAGCUGACUUUUCAAUACCGUCUAUCGAUUUGAUCCACCGUGGCAUAUGCGAAAUCAUCAAACGAAAGCAAGAAAGACCGAAAAGCACAAUCUAUUUGCAUUGCAAAGCCGGCAGGGGCAGAAGUGCUGCAAUUGCCAUUUGUUAUCUACUACGAACAUAUAAUCUGAAUCUGAGUGAUUGCCAACGUUUGCUGCUUGAUAAACGACCACAGGUGGAUAAGGAUUUGGUGCAGUCUGACGAGAUCCGAUUGUACUACAAAAGCCUAUUAGCAGAUCUUGAGGCUGGCAGAUACUGUAGACAACCCCUCAAUUGA